AUGGGUUUAGCUUCUCAGAACCUCUUGUUCUGCCUUUUUUAUGUAAACCAUGUUCCUAAGAAAGAGGCUGAUUAUAAUAUUGUUUCUUUCUGCCGGGGUAACAAUAAAGUCUUUCGCGCUUACAUGCAUAGUUGGAAAAAGUUCAAGACUGACUACUUCUUGGCCACUCUUAUUUCUUCUCUCGCCCAUGCGAAAUUUUUUAUUUAUUUGACCCCUUCUUCGGAGCCAGCAGUGUAUGCAAAUCAGAGGAGACGACUCUGGUCCCCGAACCACUUCUUAAAUGAGGUUAAUUGUUACUAUAUCUCAUAUGAUGCCCUUACUGAUGUGGAGACGACCAUGAAGACGACUUUUCUUUCCUUUUCUACUGCUGAGAUACAUUGUCGGGAUACCAAUGAUGUAAAAUAUGUUAAGCAUAGGAAGGAACUCUUUGAUGCACUCAAAAGGAAGAAGACCUCUACUGCUCGCACCGUGCCUGUGCAAGAUACUGAAGGCCCUUCCUCUACAAAAGGAAUCCUCGUGACUGCAGCGACACCCUCAAAAGGCCGAAUCAAGAAGAACCAUGAUAAAGCUUCUUUGGUUGGGGCUAAGAAGGACCAUGGUAAGGCGACCAUCAGGGGGAGUCCCGCUAAAAGCAAUUGA